AUGGGGCCAAACGGAUGGGCCUUUCUCUGCGUCCCUCUCCUCACGGCUGUGUGCGGUCAGGCAGAGGGUCUCUCCAGGGGACCCUUCCUGGCCCGCAAACGGAGGGCACCGGCAGACGGGGGUGAGGGCGCCCCGAAAAAGUGCUCCUACACCUUUCUCGUCCCGGAGCAGAAAAUCACCGGCCCCAUCUGUGCCUCCCGGGGCCCUGCCCUGCCGGACAAGGACCGCGUGACGCGCAUGGACAUCUCCGACGUCCGCGAGCUCCUCUCCAAGCAGCAGCGGGAGAUGGACACGCUGCGGCUGGUGGUGGACGUGGACGGCAACCUGGUGAACGAGAUGAAGCUGCUGCGCAAGGAGAGCCGCAACAUGAACUCCCGCGUCACGCAGCUCUACAUGCAGCUGCUGCACGAGAUCAUCCGCAAGCGCGACAACUCGCUGGAGCUGGCCAUGCUCGAGGGCCGCAUCCUCAACGCCACGGCCGAGUCGCUGCGGCUCUCCUCGCGCUACCGCGAGCUGGAGACGCGCUUCGCCGCCAUGGCCGCGGUGGUCAACAACCAGUCGGUGCUGAUCGGGGCGCUGGAGGAGCGCUGCCUGCAGGUGUACGGCAGCCGGCGGCCCGAGUCCGGCGGGCCCCCGCUGGUGCAGGUCGUGCCGGAGAACAUUCCAGUGCACGUGCCCCGCUUUUCCAACGAGAUCCAGAGGGACCACGCACGGGCCUUUCCCCGAGACAGGGGCUCCCGGGCCGGCCCCGGUCCCACUGGAAAUAAAAAUAAAAAAAAUGAACUGAACUUAAAAGGACCGUUCCGGGACUGCUUCCAGGCGAUGCAGGCGGGUCACACCACCAGUGGGAUGUAUGUUCUGAAGCCGGACGACGGAGCGCAGCCUAUGCAGGCCUGGUGUGAGCACGACAUAGACAAUGGCGGCUGGACGGUCAUCCAGAGGAGGAAGGACGGCUCAGUGAACUUCUUCAGGAACUGGGACAGCUAUAAGAAAGGCUUUGGCAACAUAGACAGCGAGUACUGGCUGGGCCUGGAGAACAUCUACAACCUGGGCAAGCAGGGAGACUACCGGCUGCUGGUGGAGAUGGAGGACUGGAUGGAGAAGAAGGUCUACGCGGAGUACAGCAGCUUCCACCUGGAGCCGGAGAGCGAGUCGUACCGCCUGCGUUUGGGCACCUACCAAGGCAAUGCUGGAGACUCUUUGACCAGUCACAACGGGAAGCAGUUCACCACCCUGGACCGCGACAAGGAUGCCUUCGCAGGUAACUGUGCCCACUUCCAUAAGGGUGGCUGGUGGUACAACGCCUGUGGGCAAACCAAUCUGAACGGCGUGUGGUACAACGGCGGAGUCUACCGCAGCAAGUUCCAGGAUGGCAUCUUUUGGGCCGACUAUGGAGGCGGCUUCUACUCCAUGAAGGGUGUACGCAUGAUGAUCCGACCCAUCGACUAAGGCCCCACAGACAGACCGGGGCAGGUCAGGGGGGGUCGCUCAGCACCGCCCCCC